AUGGCGUCGGAGUCCUUGAAUUCAUCGGAAAGGGAGGCUCGUGAGCACAGCAACCGCACCUCAAGCUCGGAAGAUCGAACUGGUACCCCGUAUGCUGCUAAAGCCGCUGCGGGCGCUGCGGCAGCCAACUCUUUCUUUCCGUUGGGGUACCGUGAAGGGUUUAGCCAGUGGUGGGCUCGUAUUCCUGCCGCGGCCGCUGAGCACAAGGUCCUUUCUUACCUUCCUUACCUCCAUCACCAGCCCCCAACGCAUCUCCAAACUGGCAACACCACCGACUACCCAAAUGGCACAGCUCCCAGUAGCCUCCAGUCGGCAGAUCAUAACCAACAAGGCAAAAUUUCCACUAAUUCAUUGAACGAUCCGUAUGGCCCGCGCCGAUGGAGCUCGAGCAUGAUUGAGUUGAGUGGCAAAGACCGCGCCCUCAACGAGUUCUCUGUUGAACGAGUCGGUGAGGAUGCUGACCAACAUUUGGUCAUGCUACACGGCUAUGGUGCAGGCCUGGGAUUCUUCUAUAAGAAUUUUGAGCCUCUCAGCCGACUGAGAGGCUGGCAGCUACAUGCCCUAGAUAUGCUAGGGAUGGGUCGUAGUACGCGCCCCUCGUUCAAGAUCAAAGCCAAGGAGCGAGAGGAGGCCAUUCGCGAAGCCGAGGCAUGGUUUGUGGAUGCUCUCGAGGAAUGGCGCAUCAAACGCAAGAUCGACCGAUUCACCUUGCUCGGACACAGCCUGGGUGGCUACAUGGCCGUCGCUUACGCCCUGAAGUACCCUGGUCACCUGAAUAAGCUUAUCCUCGCGUCCCCAGUUGGUAUUCCUGAGGACCCAUACGCAGUGACAGCGGAUGUAGCCGAACCCUCCGAGUCCACUCUUGCCAACGAGCUCACUCAGGACCAAAGGGACAUCACCUCGGCUGCAGCGGUUCCAGGAAGUGCGCCGAAGACCACCGAUGGCAGCUUCAUCACAGGGCGUAAUCCCGAACCCGGUGCCGCUGUCAAUCAACCGCCACGUCGGAAUAUGCCCAAGUGGUUCGCUUAUCUUUGGGACGCGAAUAUCUCCCCGUUCAGUCUUGUGCGCUGGACCGGUCCUCUCGGUCCGCGAAUUGUGUCUGGCUGGACGUCACGUCGUUUCUCCCACCUACCUGCUGAGGAAGCCAAGGCUCUCCAUGACUACUCGUACUCGAUCUUCAGUCUCCGUGGCAGUGGAGAAUAUGCGUUGGCAUAUAUUCUGGCCCCUGGCGCAUUUGCUCGCAGCCCCCUCAUCCGUCGGAUUCAUGGGGUUGGCCGACAGAUGAUCGAACCCGGUGCAUCUAACCCGUUCCAAACUCCAGCAUCUUCUUCGUGCUCCAUCUUCUCCAAAUCCGCUCCCAAACCAGAGGCCCCGCAAACCGCCAGCUCUGACCCUCAACGUGAGAAGGGUAUCCCGAUUGUUUUUAUGUACGGUGAUCAUGACUGGAUGGAUGUCUCGGGCGGUCAUGCAGCCGCAGCCCGCCUGGACGAGGAGAAGUCCCGCGUUCUGGCUUCGGCCUCCCCCGAGGAGAAAAAUGGCGAUCAAGGCUCAUCUAAGGUUGUUGUUAUCAAGCGAGCCGGCCACCAUCUAUACCUUGAUGGCUGGGAGGAGUUCAACAAAUUUGUGCUUUCGGAAAUGGAGGAUGUAAAUAAGAGAGAACGGGGACUGUGA